GAAAUCACAUAAGAAGUAAAUCCCAAACAAACCCGGCACAUGUGGACCAAUGACUGUAUAUAAAGUCUGAAUACACAACAAAUUUAGAAUUUGUGGUUCAAAACGGUUCUUUAAAAGUGAACAUGGACGACGAACACACGGCCGGGUUCAGGGAGCCCUGUGCUCAAUGCUCUGCAGUGGAUUGGGGAAUAUCAGAUGAGGGUCGUUUCUACUGCAGAUCCUGCCACAAUGUCAUUGAGAGAAGCAGGGAGGUGGUGGACCUGACCUUCACCCCCGGAUCCGCCAGGGUCUCCACCAUCGGCAGAGGAAGCAGAAACAAGAGGCCCGAGGGAGGUCGUAAGUGGAUGGUCUGUGAAGGUUUCCAGUUCAUACUGAGGAACCAGGCCAACGCUCUGCUCAGACUGGGAGUCUCUCCACACUUUAAGGACCAGGUGUUGUGUCAGCUGUGGAGACUUUUCCUGCAGAAGAGUCGACAGGCCUACACCAGCAACCCAGUGAGGAGCGCCACGUUCAAAAUGCAGAACAUGGACUCGGACUCGGAGAGCGUGGCCGAGUCGUCCGUGGCGUCCGCCAGUGAGACGGACGGAGAGACGGACGGAGAGACGAACCCGCCCAGCACCCCAGGAUGUAACGUAGACAGCCCCAGCAACUGCUCGCUGGGCUCGGGCUCGGUGGACGGCGUCGCCUACAUGACGGCUCGGCGGAAGCGGGGUCACUGUCUGAUGAGCAUGAGGAAAACUCUGGCUCUGAUCCACCUCGCUCUGAUUUGGAGCCGUGAGCCGCUGACGCUCAGUGACCUGCUCAGGUUGGUGAAUGAAGGUCAUGUCCCGUAUGUGAACGCCUACGAGGAACUGCCAGAAGAGAUGAGGCUCGACGGCAGAGACGCUGCCAUCUUCAGAGUCCAGCACAUCCCGUCCCACCAGAUGGUACACAAGGAGGCUCAGGCUCUGGUUCUCUACCUGCAGCUUCAGGCUUUUCCUCCAAUCAGCCGGCAAAGUCUGCUGCACCCUGCACUGCUCAGCCUGCGCUACCUGACGGACGCCAACCUGCCCGACGAACUCCACCCCUGGGUCUGCAGCCUGAUGGAGCACGCUGGUAUGGCGGAUCAAACGCGCCACACAUUCGACCCUGCGUCUUGUCCUGCCCUGCCGCGUUACGACGUCCAGACCGCCGCCCUCAUCAUCGUCACCAUGAAGCUCAUCUUCGGCAUGGACGACCACAGCGAGUGGGAUUUAUCCAGUGAAGCUAGUGUCCACGACGACAGAGAAAACAUGUUUAACCUGAGGAGGUGGUACAGACUGAUGCAGGCCGCUCUGAUCAAAGCUCAGCAGAGGAGAGACAACGACAUCGCCAGGAAACAGUGGACGGUGAAGAAACCUAUCUACCCCAAGAGGAAGUUGAAAGCUGUCAUGAUGAAAAGGAAAAGGAUAGCGGAGCAGGUUCAGAUCUGUUUUGAGAAGCUGUCUUCUUGUCCGGUGAGUGUCCCGCGCUGCGACCCGUCCAGCUUCAGGUUCUGCUGGGGGGACGAGGACGGAGCGGACGGUCCCAGUCUGCACCACAAGAAGCUGGACGGUGCCGUGUCUUUGAAAAACGACAUCCUGACUCCCUCUAACUCCACAUACUGGCACCCGGCGCUCAGGCCAUGUGACUCCCAGAAGUGCGUGAGUCAUUACUCGGAGGUGGAGGCGACGUUGCCUCGGUCAUUCGUCUGGCUGCUGCAGCUCUUCUCCUUCCUGCUGGACGUGAAGCCGGACUACCUGUACGAGGAGGUGCUGAGGGUGGAGAGACGAGUCUUCAGCAGCUCAAUGCCUUGGAACCAACACCUGGGGAAGACGGGGAAGACGACAACCAGAACCAGGAAAAGGACUGGGACCAGGACAGGGACCGGGAUGUCACAGAGACUACAAGAAACCAAAGAAACCAGAUGAAAAACCUUCAGGUAACUUCAGAAAAGAAAAAAAAUCGCCAGUGUCAGAAAUAUAAUAAUUCAAUAACACAUUAUUAUCAAUGCAUUCAAGGACACUCCAAAAUCCAAGAGAGUCAGCUGCUGAACAUAUUUAUCAACACUGUAGACAAACAGUGACCUGACGUGGACACUGAACAGUGAAGUCAAGUGUCCCUGUGUUAAUUAUUCAUUUAGCUCUUGUUUCUUUCUCUUUCUUUUUUACAUAAACUUUAUUGAAACAAGAAUAGCAAGUAUACAGCAAGCAUAAAACAUCUUAUAUAAGUAUACCAGGUGGACUAAUAUGGUAAAAGAAAUUUCUGCUCAUUUUUAUUUCUGAAAAUAAAAUGCCUGCUUAUUUAUAUUUUUGUUUGUUUUUGUACCAACAGCAUAUGGCAGGUAGCAAAUGAUCUUCAUGUACAUCAGAAAUAUUUUUGAAUAAAUGCCACUUUGUUAAAUAUGAA